AUGGCUUUCGUGCGAUUUGACAGGCUGCUCGACGCAAGAAGUUGCUCCAGCGGCAGAGUCGGUGGAGAGGGAUGGAGUCUGGCGAUGAACGCCCGGGAGUAUCACGACUUCUGCCAGCUCCUUAGGGCCGUGCGAGCGUCUGUGCUUCGCCUUGACCCCACCGACGUCCAAGAGCCGCUUCAGAUCCAGGCACGUGGAUCGCAUAUCUGGCUCGAGGCCACCGUCCCGGCUGCCGGGCUAUUACCAGAUCUCUGCGCUGCUCUUAACGGGUCGUUGGAUGGGUCAGACCAGGCGGCGGGCUUCGAUCUUCGGUUUGGUCUAACUUCGGCUCAAUCUGGCGCCGUGGGGGGCAAAGCAGCAGCACAGGUGGCGCAUUGGCCAGCACCCGCGGUGGCGGACGCAUUGCAGAGCGCGGGGGAGCUGUUUGGAGUGCCGCGGGGCGAUCAGAGCGACGAACAGGAUGAGGCUCGGCGAGUAGCGGCGGGCGUGUUCGUGGCGUCGUUGGAGUCCACGUCAGACACCGAGUCGCUCGUGUCCCUCGAGGAGCAGCUGCAGCACAUGCGGCAAGAGCUCGCCGCCGCGCGCGCGCAGGUGCGCGCGUCGGAGACCCGCGUGCGGCAGACGCUGGACCGAAUGGCGGAGCUGGAGUCGCUCGUGCAGACCACGCGCGUCGUCGACCCUCUUCCCAGGGAAUCCAGCAGCAGCCAAGGGGAUUCGGCGGAGGGUAGCGCGCCGAGUGAUAGCGCAGGGCGCGCGGAGGGGAGUCUGGCGGUGGUGGAGAAGGCGGAGGCGAUUCUGGCCGCGGAGCCCGCGGAGCUGCAGAGCGCCGCUCAGACGGCGGCGUCCCAGGGGCGCGUGGCGAAGGGGAAGCGGAAGGGGAAGGCCCCGCGGCGCACGAAGCUGGACACGUCCGGGCCGCUGCCCAAGUACGCGGAGACGCUCAAGAACUUUUGGUUCCCCGUCGCCUUCUCCAAAGACGUCGACGCAACCACGCUGAUUCCGUUUGACUGCUUCGAGGAGCCGUGGGUGGUGUUCAGGGGCCCAGACGGCAAGCCAGGGUGCAUCCGGGACGAGUGCGCGCACAGGGCAUGCCCUCUCUCCAUUGGCACUGUGGUGGAGGGCCACGCUGUCUGCCCCUACCACGGGUGGGAGUUCAAGCCGGACGGGCAGUGCACCAAGAUGCCGUCCACGCGCCUCACCAACGUGCGAGUGCGAGCGCUGCCGUGUGUGGAGCACGAGGGCAUGAUCUGGGUGUGGCCCGGCACUGCCACGCCCACCGACACCCUGCCCUCCACCAUGCCGCCCCCCUCCUACACCGUGCACGCUGAGAUAGUGAUAGAGCUGCCCGUGGAGCACGGGCUGCUGGUGGAGAAUCUCCUGGACCUCGCCCACGCGCCCUUCACACACACCACCACCUUCGCCAAGGGCUGGUCCGUCCCCAGCCUGGUCCGUUUCAAGGCGGCAGCAACGCAAGCGCUGCAGGGCCACUGGGACCCGUACCCCAUCGCCAUGGAGUUCCGCCCGCCCUGCAUGGUGGUGUCCACCAUCGGGCUCGUCAAGCCGGGCCAGCUGGAGGGGGAGGCCAGCGCGCAGGAGUGCACGCAGCAUCUGUACCAGCUGCACGCCUGCCUGCCCUCGUCACGCGGCAAGACACGGCUGCUCUACCGCAUGGGGCUUGACUUUGCCCAGUGGGUCAAGUUUGUGCCUUUCAUCGACAGACUGUGGAAGUCUCUGGCUAACCAGGUGCUGGAUGAGGACUUGCGUUUGGUGCGACGCAAGCUGGUGGAGCGGCUGGGGCCCGUGUGGAGCGACGGCGAGCUGCGCGUGUUCUACCGCCUGCUGCGCGCCGAGGGGAAGAACUGGCGCAAGGUGGUGGCGGAGUUACCGGGGCGAACAGAGGAGAUGGCGGAGGCGCUCUUCAACAUGAACAGGGUCAGUCCCAUCCCACCUGUCGCUCGCCCUCAGCCCUACCGCACUUCCCCUGCUCCCACCCUUUACCUGCUCUCUUUCUCGCGAGCUACCACCAUUGCACCUUCCAACACUGCUCCUUCCCCCCUCUUUGCCCCCAAACCCCUCACAUCCGUCCCUCUCUCACUACCAUCCUGGCUGCGCGUCCAGCACGAGGCGGCAGCAGAGCACCCGCACGCAGCGGACGAGGGGCAGGCGGCGGGGCUGGCAGUGCAGGCAGGGGCGGGGGGGCAGGACCACGGCAGCCAGGCCGCCUCCGUCACUCCCCCUGUGGGGCGACGGCGGGGGCGUGCUGUGCACCGUAGCAGCAGGGGGGGCGGGAUUCUUAGUGAGAGCGGGAGUGAGGCGGAGGGGGAGGGGGAGGGGGGAAGUGUUGGGUUUCGGAGUGACAGGGGCAGCGGCAGUGAGGGUGCGAGUGUGGGAGCGAAUGAGAGCGAGAGUGAGAGGGAGAGUAGGAGCGAGAGUGAGAGUGAGGCAAGGGUGCAGUAUCAGCGGCCUCUCACCAGACGCAGGACCAACAGCGUGGGCCACAGCCGGGGGGAGAGAGGGGGACAACAGGCAGGGGAGGGAGCGGAGGGGAGUGACGUGGCGGGCAGUGGGAGGGGUGGCGGUGGGCGGAGUGAGGGUGGGAGGAGGGAGGAGAGGCGCGGGGCAGAGGAGGAGAGCGCGGAACAAGGGGCGGAGGAGCAGGAGGCGCAGCAGUGGAGCGUGGGGAGAAGCACGGGGUCCAGUGCGGGGCGAGGGGGGAGCGAUGGCGCCGUGAAAGGGAGGGAUGUGCGGGGGGCAGCAGCAGCAGCAGCAGCAGCAGGAGGAGUGGCAGGCGGAAGGCAAUCGGCAGGUGUGUUUGCUGCUAAGGCACGUGUCUCCGCCCCUCUGUGGUCGCGGGGCAAGCGCAGUCGCAGGGCGCCUGCUGGCGGGGGCAAGGGCGAGGGGGAAGGGCGGAGAGGUGGGGAAGGGGAGAGAGCGGGAGAAAGAGGGGAGAGGGGAGGCGGCGGAGUAGGGCAGAGGAAGAGGCAGCUGGAGGAGGAGGAGGAGGGUGAGGGCAGGAGGAAUGGUGGCGGAGGGGGGGGUGGGGGGAAGGAGGGCGACGGGGAUGUGAGACUGCAGGCACUAGGGAGGCAAGCAGAGGGGCGCGGACAAGGAGAGCGAGGGAAGGAGGAGAGAGGGGCAGGGCACGAGGGGAGGCAGGGGGGUGUGGGGAGAAUGGAAGGGGCGGGCAGGCAAAGGAGCGUAGGGUCGCACACCCCUAAGAAGGCUCGGUCGGCCGUUGCUGUGGUGGGUGGCGUGGGGGCGAGAGGGCGAGGCGCGGCAGAGGAGGACGAGAAGCGACGCUCUGAGGUGGCUGCUGGCUUGCGGGUGUUGCUGGGGCCACAGCAGCAGCAGCAGCAGCAGCAGCAGCAGGAACAGGAGGUGAAGGCAAGGGCAGAGAAGGAGGAGGAGGAGGAGAAAGAGAGCAGAGCAGAUGAGGCAGGUAGCAGGUUGGCAGGGGUGCAGAGGCGUGGAGAGGAGAAAGGAACAGGGAAGGAGGAGAAGGUUAAGGGGAUUGAGGAGAGGAGGGAGGAGAAGGGCGGUGAUGAGGGGAAGGAGGCGAAGGAUGGUGAAGAGAGGAAGGAGGGGAAGCAGAGGAAGGAGGGGAAGGACGGGAAGGAAGGGAAGGAGGGGAAGGACGGGAAGGAAGGGAAGGAGGGGAAGGACGGGAAGGAAGGGAAGGGGGGCAAGCGCAAGGCGAAGGCAAAGAGGAAGGGAGUUGCAGGCGGGGCAGAGGUGGGGGCCGGGCCUGGUGGGCAGGGAGGGCAGGUGGGUGGCGUGGGUGAUGGGGGGGAGAGGGAGGCGGGGCAGCAUGCAGGAGAAGGGGGCCGAGUUGGGGGAGAUGGAGAUGGAGGGGGAGAAGGGGCUACGAGGGGAGAAGGGGCUACGACGGGAGAAGCAGGAGCAGCGGGGCAGGGGGUGCAGGAGGCUAUGGGUAGUGGUGGGGGGGAGCAUGCCAGCAGUCUUUUCCACGGUGGCAGCUCCGGAUUGGAUGCCCUGGCCACGUUGGCAGACCUGUCUCUGACAGCUAUGGCGCGCGCCAACAGCCAUGCUGCCGCCCCUCAUACCGCUGCUGCUGCUCCUGCUGCCAGCACUGCUGUGGGCGCCCCUUUCGCCACUGCCUCUGGUGCUGCUGGGAUUUCCGCCACAGGCCACCUGCCACCUGCCCCGCAGCCGAGCCAGCAGCAUGAGGCGGAGGGGGAGGGCGGAGGAGCAGGUGCAGGGAAGCAGCGCGCAGCGGGCAGCAAGCAGGGUGAGGCGAGGGCGGGAGAAGGGGCGCAGGGCAGCAGGGAGGCGCCCAGAGGGGCAGGGCCUGUGCCGAGGAAGGUGAAGAAGAGUAAGAAGAGCAAGGCAGGAGGGGGCGAUGAGAGGAAGGAGGGAGGCGCGGCGAAUAAGGAAAAAAACAGCCAGCCGGAGCAGGCAACAGGGCGCCCACGCCCUCCCGCCUCGUUCCCUGCGCCUGGCCCCUACCCUCUGCUGCCGCCACCACCCUCGGUGCCCCCUCUGCCCGUCCCAGUCACCUUCCCUGCCCUCCCUCCCACGCCCGCCAUGCCCUUUGCUGCUCCUGCCCUUGCCGUUCCUGCAGCAGCAGCGGCAGCAGGAGUAGCGGUAGCGGCCGGAGCAGCAGCAACAGCAGUGCGACCCCCUCGGCCGAGUGCCUUCAAUGUGGUGCUGCCGAACAUGCCAGGUGGAGUGGGUGGUGCUGCAGGUGGAGGCAUGGCCGUGGGAGCUGCACCUGCAGCAGGUGCAGGGGGGGCAGUGGGAGCAGCGAGGGCGGAGGCGGAUCCGCUAGACGACAUGCUGCGGCGCUUCCAGCACGCGGCAGCCGCACACGCCAGCGCCACCACCACCAGGCCUGGCAGCAGCAGCAGCAGCACCAGGGGGGGCAGCGGUGCAGUGGGGAGCAAAGGCGGGUCAGUGCCGGUGGUUGGUGGUGGCGGCGCGCAGGGCAGCAGCGGCAGGGCCGUGGGGGCUGUGGGGAAAGGGGCAGGGGGUGCAAGGCAGGGGGUGGGAGGGGAAGGGGCAAGGAGGGCAGGUGGAGGGGAGGCGGCUCGGCAGCAGGGAGGGGGAGGAGGAGCGGGGGGUAAGGCGGCAGCGGGUACCAAGGGGGCUGUGAAGGUGAGGAGGAAGGCGGAGGAGGUGUCAGAGGGCGAGAAGAAGGGGCAGGGGAAGGUGAAGGAGGGGGCAGGGCCGGGCGCGGACGAGCAUGGCGCCUUCCCCCCUCGCUCCCUCGCCCCCUCCGCCCCUCCAACCGUGCCUCCCCCGGUUGAUCUUGCUGCUGCAGGGCCACGUGCGGCUGGUGGGGAGCAGGGCAGGGAGAAGAAGAAGGGGAAGGAUGGGGGGGCGAGGGAGAAGAGGAAGGGGAAGGAGGGAGGGUUGAGGGAGAGGCGGAAGGAGCAGGAGGGGGGAGUGGCGGAGGAGAGGGUGGUCCUCGAUUUGAUGGGACGAGACGACAGGGAGGGUGCAGGCAGCGGGGUGAGUCCGGUGGGCUAUGGCCCCUGUUGCUCCAAAUGCCCCUUUCCAUACCCCCUGCACCGCCCUAUCUCCCUGCACUCUGCUCCUCUGCGCCCGCCCCUCCCCAUGGACGGGGCGCAGGAGAGGGGGGGAGAGCAUGCGGCCGCGCAGCAAGGGGGAGGGGAGCAGAGGGGGGGUGCCACGUGGCUCCCUAUGCCACAUCAGCCUGUGCACCACAUGGCGCCACCUCAGCAAUACCAAGCAGCAGCAAGAGGAGGAAAAACGUGGGGCAGAGCGCCACGAAUAGCAGCACGGGGGGCAGGCAGGAGGAAGAGGCGCGUGGAGUUGUGGCAGGUGGGGAGGGAGGGCGGGCAGGGAGGGGAGGGCAGGGAGGGCGGAGCGAACAAGGCACAGCACGGGCCAGACAGCACAGAAGCGCGUGUGCCUGGGCGAGUGGAUGGGAUGGAUGGUUCUCUCGCCCCCCAACCACGGGUGUGUCUGGCAGUGCAGCAGUGGGCGCGCUGUGAGUUCUUCUACAGCACGCUCGACCGCCCCUGGUUCCGCCACAGCGACUUCCACCGCUGCCUCGCCCUCCUCGCCGCCCCGCCUCCCACCGCCCUCCCGCGCACGCUCUGGCGCUUGCUGCGCUGCGCCAUGGGCAAGCCGCGCCGCCUCUCCGCCGCCUUCCUGGCCGAGGAGCGCGCCAACCUCAACGCCUUCCGUGCUGCCGCGCGCGCCGCCCUCGCCACUGCCGCUGCCGCCGCUGCUGCUGGUGCGCCUGCAGGAGUGGCGGCGCAAGGGGGCGGGCAGGUGCAAGUGGGGGAGGCGGUACUGGCAGUGCACCCUGGCACGGGCGUGGUGGCAGCAGGCAGGGUGGUGGGCGUGGGGCGUGGUGGGGGGAGGGAGGGAGGGGAGCAUGGGGAGGGGUGGGGGGGAGGGGAGGCGGUGGUGGUGCGGUUUGAGGAGGGGCAGCUGGGCACACAUGCUGUGGCUGAUGUGGACGUGGAUGUGCUGCCCCUGCAUGGCAUGCAUGGCGUGAUGAGCCUGCCACACCACGGCAUGCAUAUGAUGAACGUGCCCAUGCAAGGCAUGCAAGGCGCACACCCAGCAGUGCAGAGCAGUAUGGAUGGCAUGCACCCAUCGCCACAGCAUGCAUGGCGGGGCGGGCCGGGUCACUUGGAUCUCAACGGUUGCCUCUCCCCUCCGCCUGCUGCACCUCUCACUGCCCCUGCCCCUGCCGCCGCCGCUGUAGCAGCUGCUCCUGUUGCUGCUGCGGCUGGUGCGGGAGAGUCGUUGAAGACGCCCACGCACAGGCCACUGGCAGCACCACUGGUGGCGGGGGGAAGUCCGGGAGAUGGGGGGCAGUCGAGGGAGCACGAUGUGCGCGCUGUGGUGGAGGUGGCGCGCUGCUGUGACAAGAAGCUCCCCUUCACCCCCUGUUCUUCCUUCCCCUUCCCUUCCCUUCCGUCUCUCCCUUUUUCUCCCCUCCCUGCUGCCAACCAUGUGCUGCGUCCCGUCCCGCCCGCUGCGCUGCUGGCGGAGCUGCAGUGGCUCAACGCGCACGCAGAGGGGCAGCUGGGGGUGCUGCAGGGGAGGGCGGGAGAGGGGGCCCUGGCAGGGGGUGGGGUUGGGGGUGUGGCGGAGGGCGGGGUGGGGCUGGACGAGUCGUUUCAGCGGCAGUAUGCAGUGGUGCUGCUGCAGCUUAGAGACACGGACAAGCAGGUGAGGCAGACGGACAAGUGCGUGAGCGGUGGGGAUAGGUGCUAG